AUGGCGUCGGAUCGGGCUGGCUCCCCGCAAGCUAAACGCGCCGAACUAGCAAGUUAUCACAACAACACGUCCAUAAACCAGACGACGCUAUUCAGUCUCAGCACCUUCGACACACCACACCUCAUAGCCCUCAUCGUGACCAUGGCCGAUCCCACAACUGCGCAAACCCCGCAGGAAAAGAAGCAGGACGCAAUCGUGGCCAUCGACACGCCGGCGGCCUUCGACGAUCUGCUCUCCGGUAACACCUAG